CUACAGUGCUCUCACCUCGCGUCCUCGUCCUCGUCCUCGUAGAGACCAGAAAGAAAGAAGAAGGAGAAGACUUUCGAAUAUUCCACGCUGGCUGUCUUCCCACGUGUUGCUUCGCCUUUCUCUUCAGAUUCGUCGCCGACCUUUCCUCUCCAACUAUUCACAACAUGCAUCUCUCUCUCUCUCUCUCUCCCCUUUUCAGUUUUUAAUAUAUAAACCCUAGUGUGAGCUGAAAACAACGCAUUCUUCUUGUUUCUUGUUCCACCGAUGCUUCCUCUCUCCCUCUCUCUUCCCUAAACUUAUUCCUUCUCCGGCGGGCUCUGGUUCUGUGCGAAGAGUAAUUCCAAGCAGUGCAACUUGGGAGUUUGGGAUGGAGAUGAACUACAACUACGGCGGCAGCGGCCAAGAGAUCAGCUGUCCGUACGAGAAUGGGGUGAUGAUGACCAGAGACCCCAAGCCCCGGCUGAGGUGGACGCCGGAUCUUCACGGCAGAUUUGUCGACGCCGUCACUAAGCUCGGUGGCCCUGACAAGGCCACUCCUAAGUCUGUCUUGAGGCUAAUGGGCUUGAAGGGAUUGACAUUGUACCAUUUGAAAAGCCAUUUGCAGAAGUAUAGACUCGGACAGCAAUCUCGGAAACAAAAUUCUGCAGAACAAGGCAGAGAGAACAAUGGGGAUUCAUUUGUACAUUUCAGUAAUCAUCAUUCCACAGGGUCAACCACCAAAUCCUCAAGAGGUAAUGCAGAACAAGGAACAAUUCCGCUUUCGGAGGAACUCAAGUGUCAGAUUGAAGUACAGAACAGAUUGCAAGAGCAACUCGAGGUUCAAAAGAAGUUGCAAAUGAGAAUAGAAGCCCAAGGGAAGUACUUACAAGCUAUAUUAGAGAGAGCUCAACAGGGCCUCUCUAUUGACAUGAAGGGGCCAAUUACUGCAGAAGCCACAAGAGCGCAAUUGACAGACUUCAAUUUGGCUCUAUCAAACUUCAUGGAGAAUAUUAGCGAAGAAGAGAGAAGAGUAAACAUAAUAGAGAUGAAUGAGGCUUAUAAGAAGAGCAAUGGUUCGACCUUCCAGAUUUAUGAAGAAGGGAAUAUUGGAGAAGAAAAUAAAGAUUCAAAGCUCAAGGUUGAGAGGGGUUCCAUACAUUUUGACUUAAAUACUAAAGGUAGUUAUGAUUAUGUUGGUACAAAUGGAACUGAAUUCGAACCACGAUGCUUUCGUUUACAAGAUAGUUCACUUUGAUGGCAAGCGUGUAACACUUUGUUGCUGCUUAUAUUAUAUCCAAAAGUACAGGGUGCUUAUAUUUUGUUAACACAAAAGAACAAAGGAAAAUGGUUUUCAGUUGUUAUCACUCAAUUGUGGUUGUAGUUUAUGGUUUUAAUCUGAUAUCCAAGCCAUCUUAAUGGAAGUAUAGUGUACCAACAUCGAGCACAGAUUUGCCUCUAUGCAUUUCAAUUUUCUGCAUUUGUAGACAUUUUCUUUUUCUUUAUUGUAGAGAUCAGAGACAUUUCGAGUGA